AUGAAGUCCAACUUCCUGGCCACAGGACGGAAGAAGCAGAGAAAAACCGGUAAAUCGGACAUUGUCAAGAUUGGGAACAUAAAGGCACGGGGCGCCCAGCCACCAGCGGCCAGGGCCCUCUCGGCCCCUCCUGCACCUCGUGUCCCGUCGGAAACUCUGCAAGUGUCAGGCUCCGGGGGACGCCCCCACGGGCCACCACCACCUGGCCACACCUCCCAGGGUCCCACGAACGGCGGCCUGGGUCUCCCCACCCUGCAAACGCCCCUCACCGGCCACCCGCGGUGGAGAGCGAACGCGACUCGGGAGACAGAGGCCGCCCAGAUAACGCCCAGCCCGGCUUGUGCAGCUCGGGGGUCUGGCAGGGCCAGCGAGAAGCAGGAACCAGCUCAGGAGGGGGCAGGAGACCAGACAGAAGGGCGGGCCCAGGGUCUCCUGGUCUGCACCAUCUGCCCAAGCAGCGGGCACCCAGGGGCUGGGCCUGACCCUCAGGGGGAGUCGCAGGAGGGGCUGGGCCAGGCCCUCAGCCCCUCGGUCCUGCCCCUGAUGCCAGGGGUCCAGAAUGUCCGCUCUGCACCCGGCAGUGGGAUGCCAUGUGGGCCGCACGCGCCAGUGCAGGCAGCCCUCUCAGCCUCCCCGACGGCUCCGACGGGUCUAAAUGAAACCUCCUCUGUGCACCCAGGCCUCCGGAGGCUGCAGGACUCCCCACCCGCAGCUCCAGACAAGGGUCAGUGCUCCACAUGGGGGGCCGGCCACUUCUCCACUUUCGACGGCCAUAUGUAUGACUUCCCGGGAACCUGCAACUACGUCUUUGCAGCCAUCUGCAAGGACGCACCGUCCACCUUCAGUGUCCAGCUACGGCGUGGGCCCAGCGGGAACAUCUCCCGGGUCAUUGUGGAGCUGGGGGCCUCGGUGGUCACCGUGCAGAAGGCAGUCAUCUCCGUGAAGGAUGUGGGGGUCGUCAGCCUGCCCUACACCAGCAACGGGCUCCAGAUCACACCCUUCGGCCAGAGCGUGCAGCUGGUGGCCAAGCAGCUAGAGCUGGAGCUGGUGGUCAUGUGGGGCCCGGGCAGUCACCUCCUGGUGCUGGUGGAGAAACGGCACAUGGGCAAGCUGUGUGGUCUCUGUGGGGACUUCAAUGGCAAGCAGACCGACGAGUUCCUGAGCGAGGAAGGCAAACUGCUGGAACCACACACGUACGCUGCCCUCCAGACACUGGAUGACCCCAGCGAGAUCUGCACCUACAUGCCCGUCACCAGCCCCCAGGUCCCGCAGGCAGAGCACGCCCAGACUUGCACUGAGCUGCUGACCCAGGUGGCCCCCGAGUGCAACGUGCCCAGAGAGCCAUUCGUGCUGAGCUGCCAGGCGGACAUUGCCGAGUGCAUCCUGCCAGGCCAGCAGAACUGCAGCUGCGCCACGCUGUCCGAGUACUCGCGCCAGUGCCGCAUGGCGGGCCAGGCUGUCAGAAGCUGGCGGGGCCCUGGCCUCUGCUCUGUGGGCCCAUGCCCGGCCAACCAGGUGUACCAGGAAUGCGGCGAGGCCUGCAUCAAGACCUGCUCCAACCCACAGCACACCUGUUCCAGCUUCUGCACCUUCGGCUGCUUCUGUCCCGAAGGGAUGGUUCUUGAUGACAUCUCCAAAAACCACACCUGCAUACCCGUCACCCAGUGCCCCUGUAUGCUCAACGGGGUGGUCUACGCCCCUGGGGAGGUCGUGACAGCCGCCUGCCAGACCUGCCACUGCACCAUGGGCCACUGGACGUGCACAGAGCAGCCCUGCCCCCGGCGCUGCUCCCUAGAAGGCAGCUCCUUUGUGACCACGUUCGACGCCCGGCCCUACCGCUUCCACGGCACCUGCACCUACAUCCUCCUCCAGAGCCCGCAGCUCCCGGAUGGGGGCUCCCUCGUGGCCUCGUACGACAAGUCUGGGUACUCUCACUCGGAGACGGCCCUAGCUGCUGUCAUCUACAUGUCCAGAGAGGACAAAAUCGUGAUUUCUCGGGACGAGGUCCUCACCAACAACAGGAACACCAAGUGGCUACCGUACAAGACUCGCAACAUCACAGUCUUCAGGCAGACGUCCACCCACCUCCAGAUGACCACCACCUUUGGCCUGGAGCUUGUGAUCCAGCUAGAGCCUGUGUUCCAGGUGUAUGUCACCGUCGGGCCCCAGUUCAGAGGCCAGACCAGAGGUCUCUGUGGCACCUUCAAUGGGGACACGACGGAUGACUUCAUGGCUAGCACGGGCAUCGUGGAGGGCACCGCCUCACUCUUCGUGGACUCCUGGCGGACGGGGAACUGCCCGGCCUCGUUGGAGCGCGAGACAGACCCCUGCUCCAUGAGCCAGCUCAACAAGGUGUGUGCAGAGACCCACUGCUCAGUGCUGGUGAGGGACGGCACAGUGUUCCAGAGGUGCCAUGCCACGGUGAACCCCAGGCCCUUCUACAAGAGGUGCGUGUACCAGGCCUGCAACUAUGAGGAGACCCUCCCACACGUGUGCGCCGCCCUGAGUGACUAUGCCCGCAUGUGUGCCACACACGGCAUCCUGCUGAGGGACUGGAGGAGCAGUGUGGACAACUGCACCACCCCCUGCACGGGCAACCAGACAUUCGGCUAUGACAUCCGGGCCUGCGGCCGCACGUGCCUAUCAUUGUCUGACCGCGCCGCCGAGUGCCACCCGAGUGCCGUGCCCGUGGACGGCUGCAACUGCCCCGAGGGCACCUACCUCAACCACAAGGCCCAGUGCGUGCGCAAGGCCCAGUGCCCCUGCCUCCUGGACAGCAACAAGUACAUCCUGGCUGACCAGUCCGCCAUGGUCAACGGCGUCAUCUGCUACUGCAUCAACGGCAGGCUGAGCUGCCCGGGGCGCCCACAGAUGCUCCUGGCAAUCUGCUCAGCCCCCAAGACCUUCCAGGCCUGUGGCGAGUCUUCGGAGAACACAUUUGGGGCAGCCUGUGCCCCUACAUGUCAGAUGCUGGCCACCGGCACCCCCUGCGUACCCACCAAGUGCGAGCCUGGCUGUGUCUGCGCCAAGGGGCUCUACGAGAACGCUGCCGGGCAGUGCGUACCCCCCGAGGAAUGUCCAUGCGAGUUUGCGGGGGUCUCCUACCCCCGGGGCGCCGAGCUCCACACCGACUGUAAGACAUGCACCUGCUCCAGGGGGAAAUGGGCGUGCUGGCAGAGCGCCCGCUGCUCAUCCACCUGCACCCUCUACGGGGAGGGCCACGUGGUCACCUUCGACGGUCAGCGCUUCAUGUUCGAUGGCAGCUGUGGGUACAUCCUGACCACGGACAGCUGCGGAGCCAACAACUCGCAGCCCACCUUCAAGGUCCUGACGGAGAACGUUGUGUGUGGGAAGUCAGGCGUCACCUGCUCCCGGGCCAUCAAGAUCUUCCUGGGGGGCCUGUCCAUCGUGCUGGCGGACAGGAACUACACGGUCCGCGGGGAGGACCCCCACGUGCGCCUGCGGGUCAACACCGGGUCCCUGAACCUGGUGCUGGACAUCGCCAUCGGCAACAAGUACAACAUGACCCUCGUCUGGAACAAGCACAUGACUGUCUUCAUCAGGAUUACGCGUACCAGCCAGGAUGCGCUGUGUGGCUUGUGUGGCAACUACAAUGGGAACAUGAAGGACGACUUUGAGACACGCAGCAACUACGUGGCAUCCAGUGAGCUGGAAUUUGUGAACUCGUGGAAGGACAGCCCGCUGUGCGGGGACACCAGCCUCGCGCUGGACCCCUGCAGCCUCAACACGUUCCGCCGCAGCUGGGCAGAGCGCAAGUGCAGCAUCAUCAACAGCCCCACCUUCACCGCCUGCCACAGCCAGGUGUACCGCCUGCCCUACUACGAGGCCUGUGUGCAAGACACGUGUGGCUGUGACACUGGCGGGGACUGUGAGUGCCUGUGUGAUGCGGUGGCCGCCUACGCCAAGGCCUGCCUGGACAAGGGCGUGUGCGUGGACUGGAGGACCCCGGACUUCUGCCCCGUCUACUGUGACUUCUACAACACCCACGCUCAAGGGGACGGCGCAUACCAGUAUGGCCAGGAGGCCAACUGCACGUGGCACUACCAGCCGUGCCUCUGCCCCGAGCACCCGCAGAGCUUCCCAGACACCAACACCGAAGGCUGCUACAACUGCUCCCAGCACGAGUAUUUCGACCCCAGCACGGGGACCUGCGUUCCUUGCGUAUCACCGCCCACCACGCCGAGGCCCACCACAGAGUCACCUCGAACCAUCUCUGCCAUCACCACACGGGCCACUUCGGCACCAGCCCCAACGGCCACUCUCAAGUCCACGGCCACAGGACCCACAGUGAUGCGGACGACAACGAAGUCCACAGCAUCCACACUCAGCUCAGCAGCACAAUCCACGGCUCAGUCCACAGAGCACACCACAGCAUUACCACGGACCCCAGAAACUUCAGAAAUGUACACAGGAACCCCACCAACUGUCUCCACGACGGCCCAUAAGACAGUUCCCCCCACGGGGACUUCCUUCCGGACUACCACCGCCUUGCCCACCCCAUCGCGCCCCGACACCACCCUCUCCACGCACGUUGCCCCCUCUACCACGUCCUCCGUGACUCCCACUACCCACAGCAUCAUCACCCCAACACACCCGGAGACCUCUUCCUCCCCCUCCACUUCCAGUUCGCGCAGCACAACCAAAACCUCCACCUCCAGAGAGUCUUACUCUUCUGUACCCAUCCACCACGAAACCUCAACCACCCCCAAACACUCUGCAUCCCACAAGCCACCUCGCACAGGGACUCUGACCUCCGUGACGCACACCGCCACGGCCACGGCCACCAGCAGCGAGCGACACACGCCGCUCACCUCUCACUCCGGGCCCACGCCACCUGUCUCCACCACAGCCCACACGACAGGUCCCCCCACGGGGACUUCCUUCCGGACUACCACCGCCUUGCCCACCCCAUCGCGCCCCGACACCACCCUCUCCACGCACGUUGCCUCCUCUACCACGUCCUCCGUGACUCCCACUACCCACCGCGUCAUCACCCCAACACACCCGGAGACCCCUUCCUCCCCCUCCACUUCCAGGCACACGACCCCACUAUUCACUCAGACCACGCACACCCCUAGUUCGCGCAGCACAACCCAAACCUCCACCUCCAGAGAGUCUUACCCUUCUGUACCCAUCCACCACGAAACCUCAACCACCGCCAAACCCUCUGUAUCCCACCAGCCACCUCACACAGGGACUCUGACCUCCGUGACGCACACCGCCACGGCCACGGCCACGGCCACCAGCAGCGAGCGACACACACCGUUCACCUCUCACUCCGGGCCCACGCCACCUGUCUCCACCACAGCCCAUACGACAGGUCCCCCCACGGGGACUUCCUUCCGGACUACCACCGCCUUGCCCACCCCAUCGCGCCCCGACACCACCCUCUCCACGCACGUUGCCUCCUCUACCACGUCCUCCGUGACUCCCACUACCCACCGCGUCAUCACCCCAACACACCCGGAGACCCCUUCCUCCCCCUCCACUUCCAGGCACACGACCCCACCACUCACUCAGACUACGCACACCCCCAGCUCGCUCAGCACAACCCAAACCUCCACCUCCAGAGAGUCUUACUCUUCUGUACCCAUCCACCACGAAACUUCAACCGCUCCUAAACCCUCUGUAUCCCACCAGCCACCUCCGACGGGGACCCUGACCUCCGUGACGCACACCGCCACAGCCACGGCCACGGCCAUCAGCAGCGAGCGACAGACGCUGCUCACGUCUCACUCCGCGCCCACGCCACCUGUCUCCACCACGACCCAUACGACAGGUCCCCCCAUGGGGACUUCCUUCCGGACUACCACCUCCUUGCCCACCCCAUCGCGCCCUGAUACCACCCUCUCCACGCACGUUGCUCCCUCCACCACGUCCUCCGUGACUCCCACUACCCACCGCGUCAUCACCCCAACACACCCGGAGACCCCUCUUUCCCCCUCCACUGCCAGGCACACGGGCCCCUUCUCUCCGCCUCCACAGCCUCCUCUUCCUGGGACUCCUGUCUCCCUGGCCAGCACCAGCAUUCUUCCUUCUUUGCCCAGGACCACACCCAGCACCCCCAUGUCCCAAACUCUCUCUUCCCACUCUACCACCUCACAGUCUACUACUCUCACCACCCGAAACCCUACAUCCAGUCUCUUUUCCUCCACUGUGGGGGUGACAGCCAUCCUGACUUCUCCAGUUACUAACCUCACCACUGGACAAUCUAUUACCACUGGAGUGUCAACCACCGUCAUCCUGGCCAGCUCGACCUCUGUCCAUGGAAGCUCAUCCCUUCAUUCCACAGGGUCCUUGUCUACUGGGGCACCAUCCGUCUCCUCUCUGGUGACACCUUCGUCCAGCUCUCCAGGGGUCUGCGACGUGAAGGAGCUUGAGGAGGAGGUCACAUACCGAGGGUGCACUGCCAAUGUGACAGUGACCCGCUGUGAGGGCUUCUGUGCCUCCUCGGCCAGCUUCAACAUCCACACGAAUCAGGUGGACACCCACUGCAGCUGCUGCCACCCCCUCAGCUCCUACCAGAAGCAGUUUGUGCUGCCCUGCUCAGACCCCGAAGCGCAAGGCCAGCAGCUGGUGCUCACGCUACAGAUGUUCAGCAGCUGUGCAUGCAGCCCACAGCGCUGUGGGGACUAG